GGACGCGCCCACCACGCAUGGCGGAUUCUGCAUGUUGUUGUUGGCUAAAAAAAAAGUAAAUGGUCCAUGUGGUGUAUUUGUAAUACGGUAACAACGGCGCUUGUGACGGUAACGUAUCGUUAAGUUAAGUUUUUUUUUAUUUUUAUUUGUUGGUGACUAAGUUUUAUAGGUUAGCUCACUGGCUAAUGUUGAACAGUUUCCGGGAGUCAGAGUCGUCCAGUUUGCGUCCAGCUACCGGUAACAACAACUACUUCUGCAGUUUAUCGGGGAAAAUGAAAGGGAAUAAUACUGAGGAUGAAACAUCUGACUGGACCAAGGCAAACCUCCAGAAGCUCUAUGCUGCAAUGAAAACCGGCAUCCCAGAACGAGACAGAAUGAGCGAGUAUACUGAAGGACUGAAAGCUAUUGACUGGCAGAAGGUAGCUUUCCCUCCUUUCUCUCCUCAAGCAUGCAGGGGAAAGUGGAUGGAGAUUUUGCAGGAGAUGCGCAAGACUCGGACCCUCACAGAGCUCCUUGUUGAAGCUGAAGAUAGCCUUUCCAGUCCUGGCCAGCAGACUGAAGAUGUGAAGAGCCUGCCUACCAAGCCUCCUUUCAAUGGCUAUAAUCUUUUCUGCAAAGAGCAAGUGUCAUCUAUGGCGGGCGUAAAAAAAAAUGACUACGUGAGUAAGUGGGCCCAACGUUGGCGAGAUUUGACGGAGAAACAGCGGGACGAGUACAGCACACGCUGCAAAGAGCUGAAGAGGCAGUACUCGAUCAAGCUGGACAAAUAUCUGAUGACUUUUGAUGAAAAGGAGCAGCAGCAGAUCAUAAAUAAGCAUGGCAUCAAGAGACCCAAGGUCAUUAAAAGACAAGUGACUCGUGUCAAGAAACUUCCUGGCGAGCCCAAGAUGCCAGCUCAAUCUAGUAAUUCAUUAUUCUGCAAAGAUCAGAUGGCACUUCUAAAGAGGAAAUAUCCAAAUGCAAAGGAGCGCUUCAUCAAGGCCAACCAAAUAUGGAAGAACCUUACCAAUACGGAGAAGCAACGCUACAAUGUGAAAGUAAAGGAAAAUUUAAAAAAAUACACGAUGGAGCUGCAGAAGUGGUUUAAGACAUUGAAGCCAGCAGAGCAGAAACAAUAUCGGAUGUGUAACCGCAGUAAACGUAAAUACCUUGAUGCAACAGUUUAUUACAUAAAAGAAGAAAGCUUGGACAGACCAUCAGAUUCAGAAGAUGAAGACAUGGAGGACAGCAGCGAUGAUGAAGAAGAGGCGGAAUGUGAAGAGGAUGAUAAGGAGGAAGGAGAAGAAGAAGAAUUAGGGGAUGACAUGUUUGAGAUGUAUUAGAUGGUCAAGAGACGGACACACAGACACACAUUAAGUUCAGAGCCGGAUUCUGGAUUUGAGAUGAUGGACGAUCCCUCCGAUGGCUGACUUUAAUGCCACAAUGUUUGGCAGCCAUGUUGGCUGGAAGGUUGCCAGCACCAGUGCUCCUCCGGACUUCAAAGUGCCCUCGGACCCCAGACUCCCCGGGACCACAAAAGGCCCAGGUUACAGUUACACAGUGUGGCAAUUUCUUCAGAGUUUAAGUUUGGAAUUAAACACCAUUACAGCAUGUAUUAUACUAGAGUUAACAGUCAAAAUUGACUGCAUCUGCUUCAGAAAAACCAAAACUAUUGUAACUGUAAGAAAUAGUAGGUCCUCUUAUGAGCAUAGAAUGCUCCUCUGUAAAAAAGAAAACAUGUUUUAAGACCUUGAUUAUCUCAUCUUACAUUGUGCUUACAUGCUGCAUAUCCCCAAAAUUAAUUAGGUCAAAUUACCACUUUGUUCUGUUCUAAUCUGCCACUGGAAUACUGUCGAUGAUGGGUUAAUACGGAUUCAUCUGGUCCUUUCCGAACAUGAAUGCAUCUGAGGUAAAUCAAGCCAUCCUUGUGAAUAAAGGAGACUACUGAGACACCUUA